AUGUGCAUCGCCGGACUGAAUGUCACUACGCAAACGUGUGCGCACAGAUGGUACGAACUCAUCCGACCUUGCAGUCCAGCAAACAAUCUUCAAAACUGCCCUGAACGACUACGACUCGAGGGCUGGGAACGUCGACAGGACUCGUGCCCCUUCUGUGACGGAGCCCAGCACAGCCACUCGACACAUCGACUGUUUGGCAGCGUGUCUUCUGCGAGCUCAGUCGCCUCAUCACCGACAAUUUCCGAAAUGGGCUUCAAUCGCCACAGCCGCAGAGGCAGCAGCGCAACAUUCACUGGAACCAUGAGUCCACUGUCACGCGAGUCGAGCAACUGCAGUAUCGAACUGGAUCGAGCGACACGAGCAAGAGACAUGAACGAUCGAAUCCACAUGUAUCUCUUUUCAGAACCGCACGAGAUCCUGCCUUCCGCGACGAAGAAUUACCCAACAUACUCCGCAGCCAUCUCCAAAGCUGAACAAGCAGCUGGCAGCAGUUCUGACGGGAAACCAAGGCGCACCAACUCCCUCAUCAACGUCUCGCGAGGCAUCAAACGCAUCUCAAAGCGCUUCAGCAUCAGUUCCGACAUCUUCAAAAACGUCUGA